AUGAAUACUAAAAUAACUUUGCGUAAUUCAAAACAAAAUAGCUUUCUUAAUUCAGUCUAAACUACACACAGACACACAUUGUCCUAGGGUUUAGAACUCAAGUUGGAAUCGCCUACAAAUAGAGAAACUUCUGGAUUCACUUCUUUUUAAUCUUUGAAAUCUUCAUCGAUUCAUCUUAAAAAAUUAGUGAAAUCUCCAACUUCUUAAAUAAAAUCUGCUAGAUAAUUUGAUUUAAAUGAAAACUUUCUUAAUCAAAGAACCUCGAUAGUGUAAAUGAUGCAAACAUUUUCAAAUAAUUAUGAAAUUAUAUAAUAAUCAGAACCUUUAGAAAAUAUUGACUUGUAAAAACUCUUUCCAGUAGAAGAACAAAAGAAAUCCUAAAACAAUGAAAUAGUUCCUAAUGAAUCAAAGUUAAGAAUAUUUGAGUUAAAACAAGAGAGCAAUAAUUGGAUCUCAAUUAAUAGAUUUAGAUUUAAUUACUUUUCAAUUAAAAUAUAAGGUUAGGAAUCACCAAUACAGGUGUAUGUAAAAUGUGAUUUAUCAAGAUUGCUCAAUUAUCGAAUGUAUAUAUCUACAACUGCUUCAUUCCCAACCAAAUUCAAUUGUGAAGCUGUUGUAUAAUCUAAAUAUUUUAAAUAUUAAGACAAAAAGCAUAAUGAUAAAUUCUAGGAUAAGUUCCUAUAUAUAGCAAUAUACUCUGAAGAAGACUGUGAAAUUUCAAUAUCAUUUCUAUAUGGAAAUCAAAGCAUUAAAAAAUAAAAGCCUAAGAGACAAAAGCCAAAUUACGAUAAGUAUAAAUAUUGGUGGCAGCAGUAAAAAUUUGAUAUGAGUUGCGAAACUGAUAAGAUCAACAGUAAUCUUGAUACUAGAUAAUAUUCAAGAGAAGCUAGAAAAGAGAAAUUAAUACAAUCCUAAGAUUAAUUAGAUCUAAGAAUGAAAAAUGCAAUGAGUAAAAAAAAAGAGCUUUGUGAGGAUAAAAAAAUGGAUUUAUUGUCAAAGUAUUAAGCAAGUGAAGCCUUAAAAGAAAUUAGAAAUCAAUAAAAGCUUAAAUAAAGAAUUAGAUAGGCCAUAACGAAAUUUCAAAUCAGUUGGCUUGGUGUAUUUUUACUUAUACAUCUGGCUGAAAAUAUGAAAUCUAUGUUAGAUGUAUUUAAUAUGAUAUUUUUAAUUAGGAAGCAAAAAAAAGAAGUAAAUAUCUAGCCAAGGGAAGACUAAUCGUAUGGAAAUAUAGAACUACAACGAUGAUCAAAAUAAAAGAGAGUGGGCAAAAUGUUGAUUAGAGGAACUUAUUUAAAUUAUGUAUGACUAUGUGUAUGUUUGCAUCUCACAACAAAAAGAGAAUUAAGACUGAUGUGUCUAAAGUGCUAAGAUACUUUUUGACUUUAACUCAUUAAUAUUGCCAUUUCAUAUAAAAACAUCAGGAACUAACAUAUAAAGGUAUGCAAUCAUUAUGUUUUAGUAAAUUAUGUAAAAAGAGUGUUUAGAAAUCUAAAAUAAAAAGAAAAAGCAUAUAAGGAUAGAUUAUGGAGAAUUCUAAAUAAAUAUGCCUAAGAAAUACUUCAUACUUUGGGAGCACACUUCACCAAUCCAAAAAAGCGAACAUAUAUCAUCGAUAGGUAAUUAAUUGUCAUAUCAAGAGCUCAGCACUAUAAAAAGCAAUGGAAGAUUUUUUAUGUUAGAAAAAAAGGAAAUGCCAACAAUUUAUUUAAGGCUAUGUCAGAGAAAAAGAUUAAAAAUAAGUAAACUUACUAUUUAUAAAAACUAAGAAAGUAGUUGACCUUGCUUUGAAUAUGAUGCAGCCAGAAAUGUUUGACACUCCUUCAUAUGAUGAUCUAUAUGGAAUUUUUCGUACUUACAUUCAUUACAAAAAAAUGACUUCUCAACAAUCGCAAUAGUAAUAGCUAAAAUCUUAAUAAUUAUAAUAGUAAGAAUGA